AUGGAGGGGAGGCUCGGGGUGAGACUCCUGUGCCUGGCAGCUCUGUCCAGCGUUUUCUGUGUGGAUUUAGUCCUCGCUAAAUAUGUCAAAGGCAUCGUCGACACGAAAGAGGACUGGGUGUUCCUCACUCGAUUCUGUUUUCUCACAGACUUUGGACGCUUGGAUUUCCGAUUCCGAUAUCCAAAGUCUCGCUGCUGUCAAAACAUACUGCUGUAUUUCGACGACACCUCUCAAUGGCCCGCUGUCUACAAGAGGCCAGAGAAGAACUGCUACCAGAAGGAGGCGGUGCUGCGUCCAGAGAACAACCAGGUCAUCAACCUGACCACGCGCUACACAUGGUCGGGCUGCAUGGUGGAGGGAGAUGAGAACGAGGAGGUGCUGAGUUGCGUGGGAGGACGCAGUUUCCGUUCGGUGAGAGAGAGGUGGUGGUACAUCGCGCUGAGCAAAUGUGGGGGCGAUGGGCUCCAGCUGGAGUAUGAGAUGAACUUGACCAAUGGGAAGUCGUUCUGGACCAAGCACUUCUCCGCAGACGAGUUCGGGAUCCUGGAGACAGACAUCACCUUCUUGGUCAUCUUCUCUCUGGUGUUCCUGCUCUCCUGUUACUUCGCCUACAAUCUGAAGGGGAGACAGCUUUUUCACACAACCUACAAAAUGUUUAUGACAGCAGCAGGUGUGGAAGUGCUCAGCCUACUGUUCCAUUGUGUCUACUGGGGCCUGUACGGGCGAGAUGGAGUUGGCAACGGCAGCCUCAAAUUACUCGGGAAAUUACUUUUCUCUGUGAGUUUUCUGCUCUUCCUCCUCAUGCUGAUCCUGCUGGGCAAAGGGUUCACUGUCACAAGGGCUCGGAUCAGCCACAGCGGCUCGGUCAAGCUGAGUAUCUACAUGACGGUUUAUACCAUCACUUACGUCGUCCUGUUCAUUUAUGAAUCAGAGUUCUUCGACCCAGGAGAGGUGCUGUACGCCUACGACAGCCCGGCAGGAUACGGCCUGAUGGGGCUGCAGCUGCUGGCCUACGUCUGGUUCUGCUACGCCGUCCUGGUCUCGCUCAAGCACUACCCCGAGAAACAGCCCUUCUACGUGCCCUUCUUCACCACCUACACACUAUGGUUCUUCGCGGUGCCGGUGAUGGCGCUGAUUGCUAACUUCGGCAUCCCGCGGUGGGCCAGAGAGAAGAUCGUCAACGGCAUUCAGCUGGGCAUCCACCUCUACGCGCACAUCGUCUUCCUUGUUAUAACACGUCCAUCUGCAGCCAAUAAGAACUUCCCAUACCACGUCCGGACAUCACAAAUUGGAAUCUUGAUGUCCAGUCCAAAAGCUGGAGAAGGCGCGGAGAGUUUCCCUCAUCACGCUUACGGAAACAGCUCCUUCCUCGGCGACUCCCAGCCCAACUUCACCGAGCUGUUCUCCAUCCAAUCAGACCCAGUGAAGACGGUGGAGGAGAUGGUGGCGCGUAAAGGACAGGAGGUGCCACGAAACAGCGAGCAGAAGAUCAUCACCACCGCCGCAGACCUCACGUCAAUACUCCCCCCUCCUCCUCCCCCCAUUCCACCCCGGCCGACCUCACACGCCUCCCCCCCACUGCCCCCCCGCCUGCCCUCCUUCACAGAGUACUUCAGCAUGCAAGGCGGCGGCGGCGGCACUUUUGGCACCAAGGCAUAA